AUGUCUUCGUCCGGUGUCAACGUCCUCCGCUGGUCAGCCCUUGGCCUCGGUGUCGCAUACGGCUUCUACCACCAACAAACCAUCAAUGCUGCCGACAAGCUCCGCGAGAACCAGAAGGAGUACGAGCGCAAGCAGGCUCUCAUCAACCAGGCCCGUCAAGAGUACCAGAAGAAGAAUGCUCCCGCCAACAAGUCGGGUGGUAUGUCGCCUCGUAUCCAUCACUCAUAUCGAACAACUCGCUCACUCAUCUCCUCCANNGUUGUUUCCGACCCCAGCGACCCCAAGUUCGACCUGGAAUCUUACCUCAAGUCGGUUCAAUAG